AUGCCUAAGGAACCUAGUCAAAAACCAAAACAAACCAGAAAGCGAAUUCCGAGGACAUGUGCUCAGUGCAGAAAGCGUAAACAAAAGUGUGAUUCACUCAAACCGUGUGCGGUCUGCAAGCUGAGAGGUGAAGCCGACUUGUGCGAUUAUGAGGGUGCUCAGCCGACUCGAGUACUCGACGAUGAUGACGUCACCAGCAUGCCCAUCUCUCCGGCAGAGAUCAAAAGGCUCCGCGAACAGCUAGACGGUCUUGAAGCCCUCGUCAGUUCGGUCGUUCAAAAGAGGCCUGGGCUUGAUCCUCUAGGUCCUGAAGCCGAUAGUCCACGUGUCGAUCUUGAAGAAUACAAUGUUGCAGCUACGCUCACCAGUAUUAUGGUCUCGCGUACCGUCCCUUCUGAAAUUGGUCAAGACCCUCCUAUAGUUGAAAAGGUUCGACGGCACUGCCGAACAAGUACUAGCUCUCCGUCCACCUGGGCUCAGAUUUCAUACAAUCCUGGCACACUAUUGAGCUACUUCACUUCUCCUGCUUCUUCGGAACAGAUCGCCGAUCUUCAACGACAACUUCCCACAUACGAACAAGCUCAGCAUUUUCUAAAGAUCUACGUCCAUGAGUUUGCUUGGUAUCAUUCUUGUUUCAAUCAUCGUGCUUACGAAGCUGAGGCGCAUAAAUUGUAUCAUCAUCGAGAUCCGGAGGGUCAUGACAUUGAUGACGGUCAAACUGCUUAUCGACUCAUAACUAUGGCCACAACCUAUGCUAUUGCUAGAAUGUCGAUCAUGAAACUCCCUUUCGAAAACUCCACUCAGUUGCAACUCCCAAUAAGUUUGGUAGAUCGGACAAAUCUCUCCAAACGAUGGCUUGAUGCUAGCGUGGCAUGUUUAAAAUGCGCCGACUUUGAAAGCAAUCCCAAAAUCGAGGCAGUAGUUUGUCUCAUUAUUAUUCUUGAGGCCCUUUGGUUUGAUGAGCGAUUUGGCGGACUAGAAGACCUUGGUGCACUCUUCGAAUUGAAGUGCAAGGCCAUGACUCUCGCCUUCGAUCUCGCUCUUCACCGAGACCCAGCACAUCGCGACCCAGGUAGAGGGUCGCAGUUGGAAUCCGAUAAAGCCCACGAACGCCGAGUGCUUUGGUGGGCGCUCAUGUCAAUUGACGGUCUUUACAGUGGUCCGGGUAGGAUGUCGUCCAUCAAUGGCUUAGAAGCCGUUGACGUUUUCUUACCAGCAUUGAGUAGCAAUUCAAGUACCGAGGAUAACCACGAAGGAUGUCCAUCUGGCUGCACGGCGUCAAACCCUUUGACUGGUGUUAAGCCAAGGCUGUUGAUGGGAUAUGUUGGUCAUGAAAUUGAUCGUUUGCCACUCCGACGAAACCCAAUGCCUACCAUCAACGACGUCUUACAAGCACAUCGUGACCUGACAUCUUUGGAAGCGCAUCUGCAUGAAUCUCAUAAGAUCUUUUUCAAUGGUCACACCGCUGAUAGAAGUCGGCUUCCCAGGUGCAGUCGUGCGAGACGUGAUGCCAUAUAUUUCUAUGCCAGAUAUCAUUUCUUGGUUGUCAAAUUGCAUCGCCCGAUGCAUACCGUCAAGAGAGAUGAAACGCAACCGUCAAGCCCGCCAUUUGACAUUGCUUAUCAUCGUAAAUUUGUGGUGGAUCAUGCACGUAUGUGA